AUGUACUUGCUGAACAGAAUGAAUAUACCAGCUCCAUUUCGUAUGGCACUUCCCUCUCCACCACUGCCACUCUCAGUACCUGUGCCACUUCCACCUCCUCCCCCACUUCUAGCUGAAAAGCCUCGCUCAACUGAUUUAUUGAGUGAAGAGUCAGAAAUGGAAUCUUCAGAUGAGGAAGUCAAUGACAAAUCCUAUAGCAGAGCUUCAAGUGGACGGAAGUGUCUUAAGCGGGAAGCUAUUGUUGGUCCUGCAGUGGAUAAAGAUGUAGCUCAUGAAGAUGUUGGAUUGAAAUCGGCUACUCUUAUCCCAAAGGAGAUUCCAAUGAUAAAAAAGAAGAAGCCUAUCGUGCAGAUAAAAAUUGCACCAAAUGUUGUUACUAAUGAAAAUAAAGAUGAUGGCAUUACUGAAGACUCAGAGCAUCUAGAAAAUGAGAGUGCAGAUAUCAACGCUUUUGCAACUGCAGAAGAACUGGAAAAGUUGCCACCAGAAGAAAUAUUAUCACUGCCAAUGUUUAAGAACUAUGCAGCUGGGAAUGCUGCCUUGGUGUUGUAUAUAAAGAACUUGGCAAAGGACAUUGUUGCCGAUAACUUCUACUACAUAUUUGGGUCAUUAUUUGGAAGCAUUGAUGCAGCCAAAUCUGGUCUCAGCGUGAAGCUCAUGCAGGUGAGAGAUAUCAAUUUCAUCAUCAUUGAAGAGUAA